AUGAGCGAAGAUGGAAAAUCUGCAAAUGAUGAGAAACCAGCAGCAAGUAGCAAGCUUGAAUCCAUGCCACCAGAUGAACUAAUAAAACUCUUUAAAAGUCAAGUUGUGUUAAAGAAGAAACUUGAUUCUAAAAUAAGUGAAUUAUCUACUGCUAAUAUAAGUUUAUGUCAAACUCAAGAGCAACUUCAAAAUGAGCUGGAAGAUGAACAAUCGAAAAGAAAACAUGUCGCCCAUGAACUAGACCAAUGUAAAAUUCACGAGUCCGAACUUCAACAGGAACUUAAUACAUUGCGUGAAUCAUCAGACUGCUUUCAGCAACAAAAUGAAUCAUUAAAAUUAUCAUGUAAGAAUCUACAAGAUGAAAUAUUGAGUCUUCAAAAUGAUAAAUCAAAUCUUCUUUCAAAGUUAACUGAUGCUGAAGAAGAUUUUAUAGAUAAAUUAAAUGAAACUAAAAGUACUAUAGAAAAUCUUCGCUGUGAAAAACAAUCGUGUGAGCAAGAAAAUUUGCAUCUGAAACAAUCCAUUGGAAAUCUCGAAUUGGAAAUCAAUGAUUUCAAGAUGAAAUCGAAUUCAGUCGACAAAGAGAAGCAAUCGAUUGAAGAAGAACUCCAUGAGUUGAGAUUAAAGUUGGCUUCAUCGGACAAAGAUGCGCAACUGAUAGAAGAACUCAAUGAUCUAAAAUUGAAAUCUAACUCUUUCGAAAAAGAUAAACAAUUAAUAGAAGAAGAACUUAAUGAUUUAAGAUCUAAGUUGAGCACAUUUGAUAAAGAUAACAAUCUGUUGGAAGAAGAGCUCAAUAAUUUAAGAUCAAAAUUAAAUACAUUUGAAAUAAAUGAAAAACUGAUGGAAGAAGAACUUAAAAAUUUAAGAUCAAAUGUAAAUUCAUUUGACCAGAAUAAACAACUGAUGGAAGAUGAACUCCAUGAUUUAAGAUCAAAAUUAAAUAUAUCUGAUAAAGACAAAUACUUAUUGCAAGAAGAUCUCAAUAAUCUAAGAUUGAAAUAUGGUGCAUUCGAUGACGAGAAACAGAUGUUGGAAGAAGAACUUAAUAGUUUAAGAUCGACUGCAACUUCAUUCGAUCAGAAUAAACAACUGAUGGAAGAUGAACUCAAUAACUUACGAUCACAAUUAAGUAGAUUUGAAACCGAUACAAAAUUGAUGGAAGAAGAACUUAAUAGUUUAAGAUCGACUGCAACUUCAUUUGAUCAGAAUAGACAACUGAUGGAAGAUGAAGUCAAUGAUUUGAAAACAAAGCUGAUUACAUCUGAUAAAGAGAAGAAGUUGAUGGAAGAAGAACUGAAUGAAUUUCGAUCGAAAUCCAGUUUAUCUGAUGCAGAUUUACAAUCGAGAGAGGAAGAACUUAAUAAUUUAAGAGUGAAAUCUCGUACAUUCGAUGAAGAGAAGCAGAUGAUAGAACAAGAACUUGAUGAUUUAAGAUCGAAAUUAAAUAGAUUUGAAACGGAUAAAAAACUAAGCGAAGAAGAACUGGAUGAUUUGAAAACAAAGCUAAUUACAUCUGAUAAAGAGAAGCAUUCAAUGGAAGAAGAGCUAAACGAGCUUAAAUCGAAAUCAAGUUCAUCUGAUACAGAUAUGGAAUCAACAGAGAAAGAAAUUAAUAAUUUAAGAUCAACACUGAGUAAGUUUGAAAUGGAUAAACAAUUGAUGGAUGAAGAACUCAAUGAGUUAAGAACGAAAUCCAAUUCAUUCGAUAAUGAUAAACAAAUCAUGGAAGAAGAACGCAAUGAUUUAAGAUCAAAAUUAAAUACAUCUAAUCAAGAGAAACAUUUGAUGGAACAAGAGCUAAACGAUUUACAAUCAAAGUUCAAUGCAUUGGAGAAAGAGAGACAAUUGAUGGAAGAAGAACUCACUGAUUUAAGACUUCGUUGCAGUACAUUCGAUCAAAAUAGACAAUCCAUGGAAGAGGAAUUGACCGAGUUAAGAUCAAAAGUCAUUUCACUCGAUAGCGAUAAGGAAUUAUUAGAAAGAGAACUCAAUGACUUGAAAUCGAAAUUCAAUACAAUAGAAACAGAUAAACAAUUAAUGGAAGAAGACGUGAAGAAUUAUCGUAAACAAAUAGAAAAUUUUGAAAUGGAAAAUCUUGAAUUGAGAAAAAUUCCACAACAAUUAUCAGACGUUCCAAUAAAUCAAUUGAAUGAAAAUUUCGAUGAAAUUAUUUCUCAACGUAUUGAUUCUUUUCUUAAUCAUAACGAUGACGAAACGCUACCUAUAUCCAAAUUACUAUCAGAUAUUCCAGCAUUACUCCAGUCAAGUGGCAUAACAAAUUAUGUAAAUGAAGAUUUUCCAACUGCAUUAAAUCUUGAAUGUCUUCUUCGCCUGUGUUCAUUAUUAAUUGAACGAUGCCAUGUCUUACAAAGUAUUAACGUAGCGAACGAACCAUUAUUAAAUAAAGAUCUAUUUUCAAUCAUUCAAAAUGGCAAUUAUGAACAAUGUCAAUUAUUAAUUCAUCGACAAGAUCAUCCUGGAUUAGAUGCACUUUUUGAACAUUUUCAAUCGUGGAUAAAUCAAUCAAAUGAUUCCAAUGAUUGGGAAAUUCGUCUGUCGAAACCGAUUGAUCAGAGCAUUAAUCAAUACAUUCGAUUAGAAUUCAAUGACUUCAAAUUUAUUUCCGACGAAAUCGAACAUGAACUUCGACAAUCACGCAUUCAACUGGAUCAAUCGUUAGAAGAAAAUAAAGAACAACGAUGUGAUAUAGCUAUUCUGAAAGAAAAUCUUCAUUCUUUUGAGGAGUUAAAACAACAAUAUGCGGAACAAUGUGACAAAAUAAAUGAACUGCAGAUGAUUAUUGACCAAGAAAAUAUUGAUAAAACUAAAUUUGAUCAACUUGAAUCAUUAUAUGAAGAAGUUCAACAAAAAUAUGUUCAUCUUGAACAUAUCAAAUCUGAAUGUGAUGUAUUACAAGAAAAUUUUAAUAAAACAAAUCUUCAACUGCAAGAUCAACAAGAAAAACAUCAAAUCGAAAUCAAUAGUCUUCAAAGUACAAUUGAACAACAAAAACAAAUAAUCGAUAAUGCAACACAAUCUCAAGAUGAACGUUAUUCAUCAUCAGUAAAACUAACACAGCAAUUAAGUGAUUUACUUGAAACAGAAAAAACUGAAAAAGAAAAAUUGAAAAAUAUCAAUCAACAAUUAGAAAACGAUUUACAAACAAACAAUGAAUUGUUUUUUGAAAAAACUAAGCAAGCUGAUGAUCUCGAUAAACAAUUACAAAUAAUCAAUAAUGAAUAUCAAGAUUUAAAAGUUCAAUUUGAUCAAAUCAAACAUGACAAAGAUAAACUUAUUAAUGAUAUUAAUUUACUUGCGGAAACAAUACAAAGUUUCGACAGUGAGAAGUCCGAAAACUUGCAAAUUAUUAAUAAAUUAGAACAAGAUUUAGAAAGCAAUAAAUUAAAUUUUGAUCAACUAAUUAAACAGAAUAAAGAAGAAAAUCAUCAAGAAAAAGCUCAAAUAGAAACUAAAUUUCAGCAAACAAUUGAAAGUCUUAAACAAGAAUUAGACUCUGCUAAAAACGAUCUAAAAAUUCUUCAAUUACAAUCAAUUGAACAAAAGCAAUCAAUUCUUGAAAAUGAACAAAUCCAAACAAGUAAUCUACGAUCUGAGUUAGAAAAUUUUCAAAAAGAAAAUGAAACAUUAAAUCAAACGAUCAACGAAUUGAAUAACAAACUUGCAACUCAAAAAACUGAAUCUAAUGCAACUAUUCAAGAUCUUCAAGAAAAACAACAAAAAAUGAAGAUGCUAUUAUCACGUCUUAAAAAAGAAUUACAAGAAAAACAUCAACAACCAAAACAAAGUCUAAUUGAUCUUGAAUUAGCUGAUUAUGAAAAAACAAUAAAAUCAUUAAAAGAUAAUUUAACAUCUAAAGACAAAGAAAUUCAAGAUGUGCGCGACGAACUAACAAAUAUUAAUGAAAAAAAUCGUUGUCUCAUGGAAGAAAUCCAAAAUUUGGAUCAACAAAAAUUACAAACAGAAGAACGCGCUAAUAAAUUUAAAACAUUAUUAGAUGCAACCAAGCGAGAAUUACAAGAUGCGAAAGAUCUUGAACAACAAAGAUAUCAAAAUGAUGACAAUUUACGAUCAUUACUUGAUAAGCUAAAAACUGAAUUAGAUGAUAAUAAAGUAACUGUUAGUCAAUUGCUUUCUGAAAAACAAGAGCUUACUGAACGAUUCAAUAAUCAAAGUGAUACAAAUCAGAGAACAAUUAAUUUACUUGAACAAAAUCUACGUAUCGCAAAACAUGAUCUGGAAGUUGUCAAACAGGAUUAUGACACCCUACAAGAUGAUUUCAAUAAUUAUAAAAUUCGAGCACAAAGUGUUCUUAAACAACAACAAUCUACUCAACGUGAGCGUAUGCCAAUAGUACCUGAUAAACAAACGGAAUUCGAAGAAACAAUUGAAAAAUUAAAAAUAGCUCUUCGUGAAGCAAAUAAUAAAAUUCAAUUAUUAAUAUCUGAGAAUGAAACAUUACAGAAAGAACAAGAUCGUCUUAAUGAAGUACAAACAAAAAUAGUUAAUGAAUCCAGAAAACGUGAACAAGAUCUGCGAAAACAACAUCAAAUAGAACUUGAAAAAAUGGAAAGCGACUGUUCAAAACGAACGAAUGACAGUCAUGACAUGAUGAAAAGUGUUACAAUUCAAAAUGAAAUACUUUCAACAACGUAUCAAGAACAAAUAGCUACAAUACAAACGGAUAAUGAACGGUCAAUAUCAAUCUUACAAAAUCAAUUACAAACAUCAAAACAAGAAAUUGAACAAUUAAAAAAUCGUAUUGAAUCAUUGCGACAAACCAAUGCUGAUAAUGAAAAAGAAUCAUCUCAAGUUGUCAUUAAUAAUGAGAUUAAUAGAGAUGAAAUUCUAUGGACUUAUGCAGAACGUCAACAAGGAGAAGGAUCAGAAUCAGCCAGUGUUGAUUUUCAAUCAAGCGACGUUGCAGUAAAAACUUUAGAAAAUGUUCUAUUCGGCAAUGCAAACUCGACUCGACCUUCACAGUCGAAUAUGGACAAACCUCGUCAUAUACUUUUCGAAGACGUCGAAUUAGAACGCCAACGUAUUGAAGAAGAACUUAAUAAAACAAAAUAUCGUUUACUUAAUACAACUGAACUUCUUAAUGAAUCCGAAUUAACUAAUGUACGUUUGAGUGAACAAGUAUCACUACUCAAAGAUGAAAUACGACGUAUUGAACGUAAUAUGGAUCGAGCUGAAUCAAUAUCAAAUUUAGAAUAUUUGAAAAAUAUAAUUCUAAAAUUUUUCAUAUUAAAAUCUGCGCAUGAGCGUUUACAAAUCAUACCUGUUCUUGUUACAAUGCUUAAACUAAGUCCUGAUGAACAAGCUAAACUGGUUCGGGUGGCACAAGAAACAGCAUCUGUUGUUGAUACUUCAGUAAAUAAUGAAUCUAACACACAACCAGUUACUAGCAAUGCCAAUUCAAGUUCUUCUUCGUCUUCUUGGGGUUCUUAUUUAAAUAUAUGGUGA